ACGUUGUUCCAUUGAUAAUUUAUGAAAAUAGACCAGGUCAAUGUUGCUGUAAUAGGCGUUUUAUUUGUUUCAGAUGUACGAUGUGGUCAUCCGCCUAUACCGUUGAAUGCAAAAUUAACGCUAAGCUCCUCCAGCUUAGUACCAGGUACCACUGCAAGCUACAGAUGUGAUGAAGGGUACGAAACUUUUGGAAACUCGCAGAUUUCCUGCUCGUCUUCCGGUCAAUGGGCAGGAGAAAUGCCCUUUUGCGGUGUAAACAUUGCUUAUCGAAAACCUGCAAAUCAAUCGACAACAGUAAGAGGCGGAACCGCCCUUAAUGCGAACGAUGGUGAAACCAGCAGCGAUCACGAAACGAAAAAAUGCUCAGAAACUCAGAAAGAGGCGAGCCCCUGGUGGCAGGUGGAUUUGCUCAGACCAUACGCAGUCAAAGUGGUGAGAGUGACCACCAGGGGCUGCUGCGGCCAUCAGCCCCUACAAGAUCUGGAAAUCAGAGUGGGAAAUAGCAGUACCGACCUGCAAAGAAACCCUUUAUGUGCGUGGUUUCCUGGAACAAUAGAUGAAGGAUCAACGAAAACCUUCACCUGUGCCCGACCGCUUAUCGGAGAAUAUGUCUUCCUCCAGUUGGUUGGAGUGGAAGGAUCUUUAUCCCUCUGUGAAGUUGAAGUAUUCACACCUGAUGAAUUUUCGGUAGACAGAUGUGCACCGAAAGACUCACCUGAAGAAGCGCAACUUGCAGCUUUUGCCCGCACCUGUUAUGAAUUUGGGGUCUCUAGGGGUGGAUCGUUUCAGGAAGCUCGAGCUUACUGCCAAGGUUAGUACAAAGAGAAAUUGUCAAUGG